UGGCCCACUUCCGGUGGGCUCGGGUUUCCCAGCGAGUCGGCAUUUAAAUACGAGCUGCGGGAGGAGGAGAGCGAGGGACCGGCUGCAAGAAACACUUGGACCUCACCUCCUAAUCGUUCGUUGACGUUUAUUUUCAAUUCCAAACGACACAAAUCCACUUUUGAUCGCUAACGGUGGCGGUGGAAGGAAGGAAGGAAGGAAGGAAGGAAGGAAGGACGGAAGGACGGAAUGAAUAAUAACAACAACAACAACAAACGGCAGCUCAGUGCAUCAUUGAUGGGAUUCCUGUGCUCGCCCACGUCCCCAUAGCGGUAUUAUUGCGGAAGGACGCCGUUAUUUAUGACAGUCUUACAAUAUAUUGAGCCAAAAUCGGUCUUCUUGCCCUUUUGGGAACAUCAGGGGCUUUGAAGAAGCUGCAAGAACCCGGAUGAAGAGAAUGCAAUUAGAGCGUCGUGUGUAAUUGGCACAACACGCAAAGCAUCUUUGACAGCUUGGAUCUCAAGACUCACCGGCCAGCAGACCACAAGCGAAGUGCAGCCGUCAUCAUGUUCAGCUGGCUGGGAGGCGACGACCGCAGGAAGAAGGAGCCCGAGGUCUUCCAGACGGUCAGCGACGGUCUGAAGAAGCUCUACAAGACCAAGCUGCUGCCGCUGGAGGAGAACUACAAGUUCCACGAGUUCCACUCGCCGGCGCUGGAGGAUGCCGACUUUGACAACAAGCCCAUGGUGCUGCUGGUGGGCCAGUACUCCACGGGCAAGACCAGCUUCAUACGCUACUUGUUGGAGCAAGAUUUCCCCGGCAUGCGCAUCGGGCCCGAGCCCACCACGGAUUCCUUCAUCGCGGUGAUGCACGGCGACACGGAGGGCGUGAUCCCCGGCAACGCCCUGGUGGUGGACCCCAAGAAGCCCUUCAGGAAGCUGAACGCCUUCGGGAACGCCUUCCUCAACAGGUUCGUGUGCGCUCAGCUGACGAACCCGGUGUUGGAGAGCAUCAGCGUGAUUGACACCCCAGGGAUCCUUUCUGGAGAGAAACAGAGAAUCAGCCGAGGCUACGACUUUGCGGCCGUCUUGGAGUGGUUUGCCGAGCGCGUGGACCGGAUCAUCUUGCUCUUCGAUGCUCACAAACUGGACAUUUCUGACGAGUUUUCUGAGGUGAUAAAGGCGCUGAAGAACCACGAGGACAAGAUAAGGGUGGUGUUGAACAAGGCUGACCAGAUCGAGACUCAGCAGCUGAUGCGAGUGUACGGCGCGCUCAUGUGGUCACUGGGCAAAAUAGUCAACACACCCGAGGUGAUUCGCGUGUACAUCGGCUCCUUUUGGUCGCACCCUCUGCUGAUCCCCGACAACAGGAAGCUGUUUGAGGCCGAGGAGCAGGAUUUGUUCAAGGACAUCCAGUCGUUGCCACGGAACGCCGCGCUGAGGAAACUCAACGACCUGAUCAAGCGGGCCAGGUUGGCCAAGGUCCACGCAUACAUCAUCAGCUCCCUGAAGAAGGAGAUGCCGGCGGUUUUUGGCAGGGACAACAAGAAGAAGGAGCUUAUCACCAGCUUGGGAGACAUCUACAAGCGCAUCGAGAGGGAGCAUCAGAUAUCGCCUGGAGAUUUUCCAAAUCUGAAGCGGAUGCAGGACCAACUCCAAGCUCAAGACCUCACCAAGUUCCAGCCACUCAAGUCCAAGCUCCUGGAGGCGGUGGACGACAUGCUGGCCCACGACAUCGCCGGCCUGAUGGUGCUGGUGCGCCAGGAGGAGACGAAGCGCCCCAACCCCGUGGUCAAGGGCGGCGCCUUCGACGGCACGCUCGACGGCCCCUUCGGCCACGGCUACGGAGAGGGCGCCGGCGAGGGCAUCGACGAGGCCGAGUGGGUGGUGGCGCGUGACAAGCCGGCCUACGACGAGAUCUUCUACACGCUGUCGCCCGUCAACGGCAAGGUGACGGGCGCCAACGCCAAACGGGAGAUGGUCAAGUCCAAGCUGCCCAACACGGUGCUGGGCAAGAUCUGGAAGCUGGCCGACAUCGACAAGGACGGCAUGUUGGACGACGACGAGUUCGCGCUGGCCAACCACCUCAUUAAAGUCAAGCUGGAGGGACACGAGCUGCCCACCGAGCUGCCGGCGCAUCUGCUGCCUCCCUCCAAGAGGAAAAUACCAGAGUAAACGCGCCUGAUGUGGCUCAUCCCAAACGCCUCAACAUUCUAAAACUUCAUAAUCCUGUCAGCGAUUCAAUUGAUUGAUCAUGUCUUGAAGGCGACGGAGGCAAACCUGACGUCGGCUAUCGCAAGCAAGUCGAAUUUAUGGCACAGCUGCUCGGAUAAUAGCAUACAGUGAACCCCGUACGUUCCAGAUCCAUCUGCGAUAGGUACAAAUAUGCAAUACAGACCAUAUAAUGAAACUGUUUUAAAUAGUUUUACCCCUCCCACACACUUGAAACACAUUUAAACUUGUUAAAACACACUGUUAAAGGUAUUCCUUAGCACCUAUUUUAAUACUCGCUGUAAAAAACAAAUGACUAUCACAUAACAUCAUUUUGAGGAAAUGAAAAGACGACUCUGUCUGUCCCAUAAAACAAAAGACAAAUAUUGUAUAACUUAGUCCGCUAAAUGCUUAAUGCUAACAUAUAAUGCGAAACGCCAUAUAUGGGUUAACGGAAUUAGCACAGAUGUUAGAGGAAUUAUAACCCUUCAAACAACUACUACUUUAACAGCCACAGAGCAGCAACGCAUACAACUAUACUCACAGGCAUAUAUUUUCUUCUAACGGUGAUGUAUUCAUUCAUUUAUGAUUCAGCUCUCUGCUUCUUCUUCUUGUUGUUGGUCAUUCUGCUGCCGUUCUUCCAGUAGACCUCAGUGCUGCCUGGCAUGUUGUAGCACAACGUGGUACUACACUGAAGGGGCGCAACUCGAAAUUUGGACCUGCCUGCACACUUAAAAAAAACAACAACAACAACAACAACAACUCUGUGACAGGCGCAAACGAUGAACCGGGGGUUCACUGUAUAUCAAUAAAACAAAACAACAACAACAAGCAACUGAAGAUAUUUAGUUGAAUGUCCAUCCCGCAUUUGAUUGCAGUUCAGGAUGCUAAAUCCAGAUUGUGCUUGUGUGUGUAGUUGGAUUAGUUUUACAGGCGCGAUAGAAGCGGGAUAAGUGUGGCUGAGUAUGGUUUGGAUUGUGCUGUGUCGGCUGAGUAUGAUUAGCGGCGUGACCUAGCUAAACAGCGUGACAUCAGAAAUUCAGAAUUUCCCAAUUCUCAUCCCGAGUUUCCACCGACUUUGGUUUGUAACGGUUAAUCCCGAUCAAACGUCAGCCACGUCAAUCGCGUGUCAUCAUGGCAGUUGGUGUUCUUUCCACCAAUCAACGGAUGGCAGCGUUUCUAGCCCCGCCCUUUACGUAACUACUAAAGGGUACCAAAACGUGGCUUGGCAGAUAACCUUCAGUAAUUAUGACUCCCGUAUUAUUGAAUCUAAUAAUUAAAAUAAAGAAGUACGAUACUGAUGUAGCUGAACUGUUUGAAGAGAUUUAUUUUUUGUUAGCCAAUUGUAGCCUGAUUUAGACCUAAUUUUAAAGAUCCUGUAAAGUGAAAAUAAAUACUUCUUAAUUUCACACACGGCAGUUUUGUUAGCAUCCCUGCCAAAUUUGAAUGAUUAAAAAAAUAAAAUCAAUCAAGUAUAUAAAAUGAGGCUUCAAAAUUAUGCAAAAUCAAGCAAUGGUUUCCGCUCUCAAAACGCUGUGAUCGCUGAAUGGACUGAAACCACACCCAGCUCAACUGUCAAUCAAAUAGCACUACGCCACCUGAGAAAAAUGGAUGCUACUUUGUCUUCCUACAUGUUUGAGCAGCAAAAAUAUAUCCGCUGGAAUAUAUCCCACCAGGUCAUCGUGGGGCUUUUCCAUGCAAUGACAACGAGGCGCUCUAUAGCGGCACGCCAGCGCAAGGCCACUGCCCACACGCUGGCUGUCACGUUGGACUUUUUAUUUUUUUCACCUCACCUCUGCGCUUUUCUUUGCAUGAUGUGCGCACACUAAUGGCCAACAACGAGACACUCUAAAGUGGCCACACCACCGGACUAUCCAAAGGGAAGAUGUAUUUUCAGGGUGCAUGCAUAGCUAGCUAGCUAAAUGCACCUGAUAACCGCUGAUGCUAAUGAAAGGUGCUCAAGCUACAUAAUUCUCUCUUUCAUGUUUUCAGCAGUUCGCUACAAACGUGGAUUAUAUAUUUAGAAACAAGUCUCUGAAUUCACUUUACAGGGUCUUUAAAAGCAAGAAACACUGGAUGUGAACCACUGGGACACAACGGGAAUGACUCAACAAUGUGAACAAUGUCGGACAUUUUGAUGCAGGGGGAGUCUUUUGCUGGUAAAAAAAAAAAAAAUAGACAAAAAUGUAGUUUAGCCUGUUAAAAACUAUAAUGUGUGUGUGGAUUAUUUUUGGAGUGUUCUGGCCUUUGUUCUUUUUUCCCGGUUGCUCAUUUGGGAAAAGAGUCAGAUGGGUUGCUCAAAAUAAAUAAAUCAAUAAAAACACACACAAAAAAAAAAAAACAACCUCAGUGUUCAAAAUGAGGAUUGCAGGGAAAUGAUGUCGUUUUAAAUGUUCUGAUGUUUUUACUGUGACUUCUAAUUAUGUGUGCCGCUGGCGUGUGAUAUUGUAUGAAACCAUUAUGUAUUAUGCUAACUCUCUAACGUUCCUCAGCGGCAACACACUUUAUUUUUAUGAGACUCAUUUACACUAAUUGACAUUACACAUUUAGGAUAGCUGCGUCCCAUUAUCAUCCAUGUUACAUUACUGUUGCAAUAUGCCAGUAUACCCUGCUUCACUCCUCUUUGGUUGACUUCUAAAGUAUUGAAAAUGUCGAUAUUUAGUGAAAAAUGUUCAUGCAACACAAGAACAGUACAUGCGUGUCUUCGAUAAUGUGAAUGUAAUUGAUGUCCUUCGAGAAAAGGUUUCCAUCAGCACAAUAAAUUGCAUCAUGAACACCA